AUGGGUUCCAACGAAGAAAAGGGAACGAAAACGAAGCCUGACGUCUCCACCGAUGUCGAACCUGCUAACGACACUGCCGGUCAGCCUACGCUCGCACGUCAGCUAAAGAAUCGACAUAUUGCGAUGAUCAGCUGUGUUGUAGGUGUUAUCGGCACCGGAUUGUUUUUGGGAACUGCCACUUCUCUGAAAAAUGGUGGUCCAAUCGGCCUUCUACUUGGUUAUUUGACCCUUGGAACAAUAUGCUGGAGUGUCAUGGUUUCUCUGGGAGAGAUGGUCGCCUACCUACCGAUCCCUGGUGGUCACAUUAAGUUGGCCGAACGAUUUGUGGACCGUGCCCUGAGUUUUGCCAUGGGUUGGAAUUACUGGUAUAACUGGGUUAUCUUCAUGCCUACUGAACUCAGUGCGGCAUCCAUCAUUGUCCAGUACUGGAAUAAUGGCGUCAACACUGCCGUGUGGAUAACAAUUGGGCUGAUUCUCGUCAUCACCAUUAAUAUGAUGGGCGCUGGGGCGUACGGUGAAGCAGAAUUUAUCUUCGCAUCCAUCAAGAUCAUUACGAUUACCGGAUUGAUCAUCCUCGGAAUCGUGCUUGAUCUUGGAGGUGGUCCGAACCACGAUCGAAUUGGGUUUAGAUACUGGAAGAACCCAGGACCAUUUGUUAACUACGAUGAUAUAACUGGAAACACAGGCAAGUUCUUAGGAUGGUGGUCUGUGAUGUCACAAGCAGCCUUCGCAUUUGUUGGCACGGAAAUUGUUGCUAUCGCCGCUGGGGAAGCAAAAAACCCAAGACGUAACUUGCCUAAAGCCAUCAGGAGGGUAUACAUCCGUAUUCUUUUGUUUUACAUCGGAGGUACAACAAUCAUCGGACUUUUGGUCCCUUCGAAUGACGAGCGACUUGACUUGAGUGACGGUACUGCGGCUUCUUCGCCUUUCGUCAUCGCCAUAAAGAACGCUGGCAUUGGAGGGCUUCCAUCUGUCAUCAACGCUGCACUUCUGACGUCGGCUUGGUCUGCAGCUUCCAGUGACCUUUACACCAGCUCCCGAGCCCUCUAUGGUCUGGCUGUUGCCGGGAACGCUCCCAAGAUCUUCAUGCGUACUACACGCACAGGCUUGCCUUAUGUUUCUGUCAUUUUCUGUUCUCUAUUUGGAACACUUGCCUAUAUGGCUUCUAGCAGCGGGGCGGGCGACGUAUUUGAGUGGUUCGUCAACAUGACUUCGGUCGCUGGAUUAUUGACUUGGCUUGGGAUCUGUGUUACCUAUAUUCGGUUCUACAGUGGCCUCAAAUCUCAGGGUUACGAUAGAAGCAAAUUCCCAUUCAGCGCAAGGUUCCAACCCAUACCAGCGUGGUACGGUCUCAUCGCCUCCUUUGUAAUAUGUUUCUUUAGUGGAUGGAGCGUUUUCCUUAAGGGCCACUGGGCGCAAGACACCUUUGUGACAAACUACUUCCCCUUAAUGCUCUUCCCCGUCAUAUCCAAGGACAUGGACUUCGUUACAAAUAUCGCUGAAAUCGAAGCUGACACAUAUGACGAACCUCCACCUAAGAACAAAGUCGAAGCCUUCUGGCAAUGGCUUGUAAGUCAUCUCAUGCUUCCAAUAGAAUGCUCUCUAAUUCGUUUAAUGAAGAUGUAAUGUCACAGUUACUGUGAGCAUAUGCGUCUGUAGUCCCAUUUUUCCAUUUUUGCAUCAUACAGUUGUCCAACGCUUGUAAGCGCGUGGUCUGUUGGAAGGAACGAAGGCGUAGUUGGAUACAAUAAAUCAAGUUUGUCCUUCCAAUUCUUGGACAAGUAGCUAUCAUAUAACGCAAAUAUAAUCUUGUAAAUCUCAUUGUUGAGUGUACCACUCAGUUACAGGAUGAACUACGCGGCUCACAUACUUUCUUUCACGAGAGAUAAUAGUACAGAUUAAUGUCGUAAUAACAUCCAAAAUUUUGCG